AUGUUACCCGAGCUGUCGCCGCCCAUACUCGAGCGCUCGCUCCUUGAGAGCGGCUACACGCGCGAGAGCGGGCAGACGACCCACCACAACACGCCCGAGUGUCCGCGAAAGAGUGAGUCCAGUAGUUUCUACAACCAGACGGUGUCGAGCAAGUACGAGGAGCUCAUCAACCCGUGUGUCCUGAGCUGGACCAACCUCAGUUACGCCGUGGACGGGGGAAAUGCCAACAGAACGUCAGCCGGCAAACACGUUAUCCUCGACAAUGUCAGUGGUCGCAGCGCUCCCGGCGAACUCACUGCGAUUAUGGGCCCUUCUGGAUCAGGGAAGACGACGCUCGUGGACUUGUUGGCCGAUCGCAUUAGCUCUGGCCAUGUGACGGGGUCGGUCGAGUUGAACGGGACGGAACGAGCGGCCAAGACCUUUCGGGCCGUCACGAGCUACGUGGCUCAAGAUGACACGCUCUUGGGAUCGUUUACAGUCGCCGAGACUAUGAUGAUGGCGGCGAGAUUAAGUCUGCCGAAUUGUGUGGUGAUGAUGGACAUUCACUCUCGAGUGGAGAGCGUCAUGGACGCUAUGGGACUUGGUGCGUGCAGCGAUACGCUGGUGGGCGACAUGUUCCGCAAGGGGCUGUCGGGCGGCCAGAAGCGGCGCCUGAGCAUUGCGUUGGAACUGUUGUCGAACCCGAGCGUGUUGAUCCUCGACGAGCCCACGAGCGGUCUUGACUCCAGCUCAGCGAACAACGUCAUGAAGUACAUUGUGAAGCUUUGCAACGAAGGCAAGACCGUUGUGUUCACGAUCCACCAGCCCUCGUCGCUGGUUUACGACAUGUUUACGAACGUGAUCGUGCUGUCCGAAGGUCGAACGGUGUACGGCGGGUCUCGCCAUGACAUGAUCCAGCACUUUGCUUCGAUUGGAUUCUGCUGCCCUACAUACACGAACCCGGCCGAGUAUUUCAUUGGUCUCGUCAACACGGACUUCGACGACCACGUUGAUGUCGACAAGCUUGUGCAGGCAUACGACCAAAGUCAAGAAAAGAAACAGCUCAUGGACCUCCUCGUUGCCGAUCAAUCUACACUGCAGAACCUGCCGGACUUUGAGCUGUUGUCGCCGUCGCCGUUGCGGCAGUUCCGUGUGCUCAUGUACCGCAACACGCUGAAUAAUUUGCGGAACCCCGGCAUCUACUGGAUCCGGCUGUUCAUGUACUUCUGCCUGAGCUUCAUGGUCGGCACCAUGUACCUGAGCACGAACGACGACCUGAGCGCCGAAGACCUCGUGCCCAUGCUGUUCUACGUGCAGGCGUUCCUCGUGUUCAUGUCCGUGGCCGUGCUCCCGUUCUUCAUCGAGCAGCGCGCUGUGUUUGCUCGCGAGCGCGCCAACAGUUCGCUCAGCGUCGUGAGCUACGUGUGCGCCAACUUCUUGGCGACGCUGCCAGGCAUCUUCUUGAUCGCAGUCAUGUCGACGGCGCUCGUCGUGCUGCUCGCUGACUUGAACGCGAUCGAGUACUUUCUGCUGAAUCUGUUCUUGUCGCUCGUGGUGGCCGAGUCCAUGAUGCACGUGAUUGGCGCUGCCGUACCGCACUACAUCAUUGGCAUUGCCCUGGGCGCCGGUGUGUUUGGCAUGUUCAUGCUGUGCGAGGGCUUCAUGGUCCCUCGCGAGUCGAUCCCGAGCUACUGGAUUUGGGGCUACUACAUGGCGUUCCACUCGUACUCGUUCGAGUCGUUCGUGUUCAAGCAAUUCGAGAGCGAGACGUCGGCGGAAGCAAAGGCCAUUUUGACAAAGUACGGCAUGGAGAACGUGGACGUCACGCGGGACAUGUUGAUUUUGGUUGGAUACGUCGUGGUCUUGCAGGUGAUGUAUGUGGCCAUCCUUUGGAGGUUUCAUACCGGGCGAAGCUGA